AUUAUUAUUAUUAUAUUAUAUAAAUUGUUUACAAGUUUGCUUGGUUACGGUUUCUUAAGGCCACCUCAACAAUAAUUUUUUAUUAAUUAAUCAGUCAAAUCACCAUUCUCAUUCUCAUUAAUUAAACCUCCUUUUAUUUACAAGUUCAGGGACCAACUAUGUAAUUGACCCUCAGGAAAGUCGAAUUUCGUCGGAGAAGAGAAGCUAGGAAUUGAACUCUCUACUCAAUUUUCACAAAAAAAUCGAACGUUGUUCCAUUUUCUGGCUCACUUCACGCCUUCAUGGAACUUCAAUCUCACGGCAGCCUUCUGAAGGAGCCGGCGCCGGCGCCGGCGCCGGGAGGUAAUUUCCAACGGUCUCCAGUCUACACUUACCUCCUUCGAGCUGGGCCGCGACUGAAACCUCUCCAGCAGGCUCACGCCCACAUAAUCACAUUAGGAUGUGGCAGUAGUCGCUCCCUCCUCACAAAGCUCCUGACUCUGGCUUGCAAUGCCGGCUGCUCCAUUGCCUAUACGCACAGGAUAUUCCUCUCCGUCCCAAAUCCGGACGCCUUCCUCUUCAACACUCUCAUCAGAUCAACCUCCAGGUUCCAGCAUUUAUCUGCAAAUGCCCUGUAUUACUAUUCGUGCAUGAUCAUGUGCAAAGUUGAGCCCUCGAAUUAUACAUUCACUUCUGUUAUCAAAUCCUGCACGAGUUUAUUGAGUCGGAAGCACGGCAGGAUCGUGCAUGGACAUGUUUUGGUUAAUGGGUACGGAGUGGAUGUGUAUGUCCAAUCUGCACUGGUGGCUUUCUACUCGAAGGUCGGACAGUUGAGUGAUGCGGGCAAGGUGUUUGAGAAAAUGCCAGAGAGAAGUGCUGUGGCUUGGAACUCUUUGAUUUCAGGGUAUGAGCAACAUGGGCUUGCAAAAGAGGCGAUUAAGUUGUUUGAUAGAAUGAGAGAAACGGGGUCUGUUGCGCCGGAUACUACUACAUGUGUGGUUGUGUUGGCAGCUUGUGCGCAGUUAGGGGAACUAGGGCUGGGUCGUUGGGUGCACGACUGUGUGGUCGAAAAUGGGUUGGUUAUGACUGUGGUGCUUGGGACUGCUUUGAUCAAUAUGUAUGUAAGGUGUGGAGAUGUGAAGAAAGGAAGAGAAGUUUUUGAUUCGAUGAGGGAGAGGAAUGUAGUUGCUUGGACAGCUAUGAUUUCCGGUUAUGGAGCCAAUGGUUAUGGCCCGGAAGCACUGAGGUUGUUUGAUGAAAUGAAGACUAGCGGGUUUUCUCCUAAUAGUGUUACCUUUGUUGCUGUGUUAUCCGGUUGCGCUCAUGCAGGGUUAGUGGAUGAAGGACGUCGGUUAUUUGCCAGCAUGAAGGAAGAGCAUUCCUUAAUUCCAGGUGUGGAACAUCAUGUUUGCAUGGUUGAUCUUCUAGGGCGUGCUGGACUUCUUAGUGAAGCAUAUAAGUUCAUUCAGGAAUCAGUUCCACCACACCCUGCUCCUGCAAUUUGGACUGCAAUGCUUGGGGCUUGCAAGAUGCAUAAGGAUUUCGAUCUCGGAGCAGAAGUCGCGGAGCAUCUGUUAGCCGUUGAACCUGAAAACCAUGGCCACUAUGUCCUGCUUUCAAAUAUAUAUGCUUCAGCGGGAAGAAUGGACCGAGUGGAAAUGAUCAGAGAUAAAAUGAUCCACAAAUCGUUACGAAAGCAAGUCGGGUAUAGUAUCAUAGAGAUUGAUGGCAGGUCAUACUUAUUCAGCAUGGGGGACAAGUCUCAUCCCGAGUCGAAUGCCAUUUUCAAUUAUUUAGAUGAACUGAUGUCGAAAUGUGCAGAAGCGGGCUACGUAUCAGUACUGGAGUUGGCGAUGCAUGAAGUAGAAGAGGAAGAGAGGGAAUAUGCACUUAGGUACCACAGCGAGAAGCUUGCAAUUGCUUUCGGUUUGCUGAAAACUGCCCCUGGAUCCACCAUCAGGGUAGUCAAGAACAUCAGAAUGUGUGAAGACUGCCAUUCCGCAAUCAAAUACAUCUCCUUUGUUACUGGAAGGGAAAUAGUUGUUCGUGAUAAGCUCCGCUUCCACCAUUUCAAAGAUGGCUCGUGCUCUUGUUCGGACUACUGGUGAUGAAUCUCUUGGAUGUCAAUGAUCAAUCCAAUGGCAGUAGCAAGAACAUUGUGUUCAUUUUCCAACCUGCUUUACUGGUUCUGCUGGAAGGCACCCCUUCCUACAUCAGGCAUUUGGAAGCAAAGCCAUUAGCAUCUUGUAGCCCUUCGUUUCAGGUUAUCUGCUUGUACACAAACACCUUGGGUUCUGUUUUCUUAUUCGCACGUUUAACUUGAACACAGUGCCAGGUUUUCCACUUGUUCCUACUUGGCUCGAACUUGGGGAAUGCAGUUGGGAUACUGCGUAGUUACAUCGUGCAUCAUCUCCUUGAUUAAUCUCAGUUCAGUUUCCUGACAGGAUCUGAAGCCAAAUCGGUUGAAAUCGUGAAGCUGCAGAGCUUGUGACCAGGUACUCUUACCGUCUUUAUUGUUCUGCCUUCUGCGAGAUACAAAUGCUUGCUGGUAUUAGCCUAUUAGGUAUAUGGAAGAUUUGUUUAGAGGUUAUAUAUGUAAUUUAAUCAAAAUUAAUAAGGAAG